AUGUAAUCUAGUGGAUAAAAAUCUCAAAUAAUAAAAAGAACAACAUUUUUGAAUACAUCUUCUGCUUUUAGUACUAAUAGUAGAACUAAUUCUAUAAUAUAAGAUAAUAAUUAAAAAAAAGAGUUAAGAAGGUAUAUGAUAUUGAUUAUAUAUAUAAUUAUAGGUAUCCAACAGAAUGGGCUGAAUAAAUAGAUAAUAAAUCAGAUAAUAGAUUUCAUCAUACCAUAAUAAAUAAAAGUAAAGAAGAACACAAUCCAAAUUUGGCAUCACCAAGUAAAAUAUUUGGAAUCUAAGAUGGGUAUUAAUUAAUAUAAUAAUCAUUAGCAAUAAUUCAAGUAGAUUUCAUACAACUAAUGAAGAUUUAUUAUCUUCAUUCAGAAAGAAGAAUCAAUCACUAGGAAAUUUGGGAAGUUGGUAAUUUACUUCACCAUAAACACAAUCAUCAUUGAUUUCAAAAUCUAAUACAAACAGAACUCUAUCUAAAAGAAUAGAUUAAUCUAUUCCACUAUCUGAAUUAUUGGAGAUAUCAAGAUAAUUAGAUUGUUCAUAAUAAGAUGAAAUCAGAUAAUUAUCACGAGGAUAUGUUAAUCAACUUUUCCAAUUAUCAUAAACUAUUGAAAGAGUACUUCGAAAUAUUAAGAGAUGAGA